CAGAAAGCGGAGUCGUCGUGUCGUGGCUGGCUCUUUCUGUGCAAGCAUAUACAUUAGCAGCAGCCAGUGUGGUGGCCAGCUCUCAGUGAGCCUGCAUCAGUCCAUCAGUCGAGCUCGCGUCGUAGGCGCAGUUCGUACGCAAGCGCCCCUCGUCAUUUUAUAACCAUAUAGCUGCUGCUGACUGCGCGCUGCGCCAAGAGAGUGUGUGUGUAAUAUAAAGUAAAAACUUCUGUCUGCUGACUACUGCUACGAGCUUGGCUUGGCUCUCGUCUCUGGCGAAACUCUCUCUAUCCGUCGAUAUACAACUCGAGGCAGCAGCGCUGAAAACGUCCUGGCCAACAUGGCGGCAUCACUGGGUCGAAUAUGCCGUACGACGAGUCUUCUGAAACCUAGCAGCGGACCGAUUUACAGCCAGGUCAAUAACUUUACAACAACAAAAGAGUGGUCAAAGGGCAGAAAGUUGUUGACAGCAUGUCUAGGUGUUACAGCUGGUGGCAUCGGUGCUCUUCUAUUUUCUUUAGAUAGAUCUGUUAGAGCCAUUGAAAUCGUAGCACAUGCACCUCACUACCAUUGGCCUUGGACUGGUCUGUUUCAAUCAUUGGAUCAUGCUAGUAUGCGACGAGGAUGGGAAGUAUACAAAAAUGUCUGUUCAGCUUGUCACAGUUUAGAGUAUGUUGCUUACCGUCACCUUGUUGGUGUAACUCACACUGAAGCAGAGGCCAAAGCCUUAGCUGCAGAAAUUGAAGUAAGAGAUGGCCCUGAUGACCAGGGUAACUACUUUAUGCGUCCUGGAAAACUUUCGGAUCAUAUUCCAUCUCCAUAUCCAAAUGAAGAAGCAGCUCGAGCAGCUAACAAUGGAGCUUAUCCACCAGAUCUAUCAUACAUCGUCAAUGCUCGGCAUGGAGGAGAGGACUACGUAUUCUCGUUGUUGACCGGAUAUUGUGAUCCACCAGCUGGCAUAGUGCUUAGAGAAGGUCAAAACUUCAACCCAUACUUCCCUGGUGGAGCUAUUGGUAUGGCUCAGGUAAUUUACGACGAAGUAUUAGAAUUUGAAGAUGGUACACCACCAGUUGCCUCUCAAGUAGCGAAAGAUGUCUGUGCAUUCCUUAUGUGGACAUCUAAUCAUGAGUACGAUGACAGACAAGUACUAGCCAUCAAAACCAUUGGAAUUGGCAGCUUGUUGUGUGCUCUCUUGUUCUAUCUUAAGAGAUUCAAGUUCUCUCACGUUAAGAACACCAAGCUAGCCUUUAUACCGAAGAAAAAGUAGUAAAAUUGAUCCGAAAUUACUUUUUAAUUCGAUAGAUCACGAAAAUUGCUUGGAACACCAAGUGGUUCUGAUUACCGAUGUGUAGUUUUAUAUAUAAUUUAAAUUAAUUAUGAUUUUUAAUGGCCGUGCCAUUAUAAUAUUCCAUCUUUACAUCGGUUUGUUGUAAUUGACGAGAUUGUUAUCAGCGCCAAUAAAUUGUACAUUGUACAUAAAGUACAAGCAAUGAUCAUCAUUGUCUUGUCGAAUUAAAAUUUUAAUUAUUCUAGUUAAACCUUUGUUCAAUUUGUGCUGACUUUUAUUUUCCUGUUAACAUGAAAAAAAAUUUCAUCCAAAAAUGUAAAUGAUUUCCAAAUGUUUACCGGGAAUUCAUUUUUACAUGUUUGAGCAUUAUAAAUAAAUUUAAAAGCCUAUGAGUCAAAUAAUGUAAUGUUCUGUCAAGGAUAAAUUUAAAAAAAUGAAUAAAAAUAAAAAGCAAUCGUC